ACUGGCCAGAGAGUGGAGGCCACAGACCCUUGGGAGAAGUUGUGCUAGUCACACAAGGACAGUCUGAGGACGAAGGUGGAAUUGCCUCCACUACAGAACUAAGAAGACAUGAAACAGCCCCUGCUUCUGCCUCUGCUCCUGCUGGGAACAAUUUCUGCUUUUCAUCUGGAGAAUGCUGUCUCCCAUCUGGAGAGCCCAAAGAGAGAGGAAGACCUGGUGCAGGAUCUAGAUGGUGCAGAGGAGCAGAAGGGAAAGCUGGCCUUGAACCAAGAAGUGAUGAAGACAGAAGGAGUUAAGGUUGAGGCUUCCAGACAGGAAGAUGCUUUUGAGAAUGAGGAGGCCAUGGAGUCAGACCCAGCUGCCUUAGACAAGGAGUUGGUGUGCCCAAGAGAAGAGGACACAGUUAGUGUGCAGGGAAAUCCUGGGUGCAACACCUGCCAGUACCUGCUGGUGAGGACCCCCAAUACAUUUGAUAAGGCUCAGAGGAUCUGCAGGAGAUGCUACCGAGGCAACCUUGUCUCCAUCCACAGCUUCAAUUUCAACUACCAACUUCAGAGCUUGGCCAGGAAGAUCAACCAGUCCUUCGUCUGGAUUGGAGGCAUCCUCAAGGGCUGGUUCUUCUGGAAGAAGUUUCGCUGGACUGAUGGGAGCUGCUGGGACUUUGGAUAUUGGGCCCCAGGACAGCCUGGGAGUGGGAGAGGACACUGUGUGACUCUGUGCACUAAAGGGGGCCACUGGCGAAGAGCUUCUUGCAAAAGUCGCCUGCCUUUCAUCUGCUCCUUCUAAGACAGAGGCAGAGACCCUGACUUGGAGUCUCUUACCUUCACAUCCCUGGCUGCUCAGCUCCCACCCUUGGCACUUGACUCUGUCCCCCAGCCUCUCUUGGUUAUAAAC